AUGACAAAUCAAUAUACAGUAUUUCGUCUACCUGACAAGGGAAGUAGCUUGGACGCGCUCAAGUCGUACAAGGAACCCAUGCCUGAGCUGGACAAACAUCAGGUUGUGGUCAGAAUUUGUGCUGUAGCAUUGAACUACCGCGAUAUUGCUAUUGCAGAAGGAACCUACCCGUUCCCAGUCAAGAAGUCUGUUAUUCCAUGUUCAGACAUGUGUGGUGUAGUCCAUCAUGCAGGCUCCAGGGUCAAGUCCCUCAAGAAAGGCGACAAAGUCAUUUCUCUCUUUAUGCAAAAUGCAUUGUAUGGCCCAUGCACUGAUUGGCACGAUGGCCUGGGAGGUCCUAUAGAUGGCGUCCUCCAAGAGUACGCAGUGUUUCCCGAGCAUGGACUCGUGAAGAUCCCAAAGGAAGCCCUGAUGACGGACGCUGAAGCGGCUUCUCUGGUUUGUACCGGAGUAACAACCUGGAAUGCGCUGUACGGCAAUGUUCCUCUAAAACCAGGACAAACAGUGCUUGUCUUGGGCACGGGUGGCGUCAGCAUCACAGCACUGCAAAUUGCCAAAGCAGCUGGUGCAAAUACCAUUGUAACAUCGUCCUCAGAUGUUAAACUGAAGCAUGUCCAACGCGCUUACAAACCAACCCAUGUUAUCAAUUACAAGAAGUGUCCAGACUGGGAAAAAGAAGUUUUGGAUUUCACCGGUGGUCAUGGAGCCGACUACAUUGUUGAAACUGGCGGCGCCGGCACCAUUGAAAAAUCUUUGCAAUGCGUUGCUUUCGGUGGCAUCAUUUCUGUCAUUGGGUUUUUAGCAGCAUGUCCUGCAGAUCAAAGACCAGAUAUGGCCGGCCUUGCCCUAGCCAAAGGUGCUGUUGUGCGCGGCAUAAUGGUUGGCAACAGGCAGCAACUUGAAGAAAUGGUCAGGUUUACUGUAGUGAACAAUAUCCAUUUGCCAGUAGAUAAAGAAUUUCCUUUCAGUGAUAGUGGAGUCAUGGAAGCCUUCCAGUAUAUGGCUCAAGCUGGCCAUGUGGGUAAAGUAUGUAUCAACUUCACACAUGACCUUGUACCCAAGUAG